UGAUGUUGAACGCUAGCGGAGCGAAGUUCUGUUCGUACGUGUGUUUAUUUUUUCCUGCUCUGCUUCUGUGUUCUCCUUUCCCUUUUUAUAAUUUACUUUACCGCGUGCCGAGUGCAUUGAAUGGUGGAUGGCAUCUCAGUGAGCCGAUGGGUUGAAUUGUGCGUCCGAGUGUUGGCACCUGUGAUGAAAAUGCGCAAGUGCAUCAAGUGUCAGGAGGUGUAAUUUGUGAAUACAAGGCAUUUUUGCUUCCGGAAACUUCCUGGUCACUCUUCCCAGACGCCUUGGGGCGAAUUUGUCGUGUGAUUGCGUGCUUAUUGGCUCUGGAGCCAUGUGACUUCAGUGGCAAGUUGUUUUGGCCAGUGUGUGUGCAUUCUGUUGACAACUGUACUGUGAUAAGUGUCUGACAAUAGAGCUUUCUAUCUCGCCUAGAGGAAAGAGAGACAAGCGGGAGGAUGAGCAAAUUGGCAAUGAAGAAUGGUGAAACGGCAUCAGCUAGUGACGAUGCACCAAUUCCCGGCCCUAGCCACAGUUCGAAAGCAGCCCGGAGUACGGUGGAGAAGGAGGAUCCCCUGUACUCUUGCUCCGAUCCUGAGGGCUGCGUGAGUCUCCAGGACAUUCUGAAGAGCUUCAACGCCCCAAUUUCUGAGGAACAGGCAUGGGCGAUUGUGAACCGUCUCGUAAGCGCAUACAAGGAGAUCCUGAGCGCUCCUCAAGGACAGAGGCACGACUUAAGGGUGCCCACGCUGUCCAGGAACUACAAACUGCACCGCGACGGCACGGUUCAUGUGCAAUUCAGCGGCGAAGAUGCGCGGAAGUGCGUCGUGACGUCCCAGAAAAAGGUCCUCCAGAGGAUUGGGGUAAUUGUCUACAAAGCUCUCGACUACAGUUUCUCGCAUGAUGAGGAGUGCGUCGUAUCUCAAGAACUUGAUCAACUGAUAAAUGUGAUGACUUACGAAGAUGUAGAUGACGAGGGCAUCGAGAGGGACUCGGAGGACGCUGUGGAGGGAGAGAAGUUCGUGGAAACCAAAGAAAUGGAUCAUGUGCUGGAACUCUGCUCAAAACGUGUUUCACUGUCAUUUCCAAAUGAUCACUACAAAGCUGUGUGUCGUGCACUCGCCACCGAGAGUAUAGAAUUGCGAAUAUUUCUGCAAAAAGUACUGCAAGGAGAGUCGGAAUCACUUCGAAUACAAGCUGAUGCGGAGACAUCGCAGCAGGAAUUAGAUAAGCUAGGUUUCAAUGAUUGGUCUGAAGUUAGAAUAUGGAGAGCAUUGCAAGCUCGAUUCUGGAUGCAAGUCGUGGAUGAGCUGAGAAGAGGUGUAAGACUUAAAAAGUGUUCUUUUUCCCGAACACCCGUUGAAUACGAAUUGACUCCAUAUGAAAUCCUGAUGGAGGAUAUUCGGUCCAGGAAGUACAACUUGAGGAAAGUAAUGGUGAACGGUGACAUUCCGCAGAGGGUGAAAAAGGAUGCUCACGCGGUGAUCCUUGAGUUUAUACGAUCGAGGCCGCCACUGAAAAAGGCCUCAGAGAGGAAAUUGCCGCCGCUCAAGACGAAGCCAACUCCGCGAGAUCAACUCUUGGACUCAAUACGUAAAGGUCGAGUUCUGAAGCCAAUUCCACGACACAAGACAAGACUUUUAAAUUCUUGCCAGAUGGACAAUGUUAAGCGUGGAGAAACUCCGUGUGAUUCGCAGCCAACGUCAUCACCGAGAACAAGUCGACAGAGAUUAAUUCCUGUUGAUCCCUUACUAUUCCAGGAUGAGGAGCUUUGCUAUGAGCCGGGCCAGACUUACGAUGAAGUGGUGCUGAGGAAUGACGGAUCAUCCGUGAGUAGCGGUGAACGGCGAGAGGAGUCCAACAAUGAGAACAAUCCCAACAGUGUCAAUACAGUUCUUCGGAGGACCAGAAACACAAUCACUCACGAUGAAUAUCAUAGAUUCUGUGACACGGCUUUAGAAUCGUAUGACUUGGCCACGCAAUGCGAGUCGAGGAGAGCCUCAAUGAGACGUCACACCAUCGUCGGAUGCCAUCAGGGCGUGCCGGAAUGUCAAUCCAUGCCACCAUCUAGGCCGGAGUCUCGCCAGUCGGAGCACCCGGUGAAUGUGUCGGCAACAGAAAAUCUCAGCUCAAUGGAGACAUGGUCGAAAAAUAGUCUGGACGAAAAGGAGUGGAAAGAGGCAAAUAUCAGUGACCGGCUGUCGCUCACUCUCAAGGAGAUCAUGCAUAUCAGAUCAGUCAUCACGAAGGCAGACCUCGAACUUCUGCCCGUAGAGGUGAAGAUUAAGGAGGAUGUGGAGAAGAGAAAGGUAUGCUUCCUGUGUUUAAAGACGCGCUUUAGCAUUUUUGGCCCUUGGGGUGUUCUCUGUAAGCUGUGUCAAAAAACUGUGUGUUCCAAAUGCUACUCAAAAAUGAGAAUUCCAACCGAACACUUUCGUAAUGUUCCCGUAAUGCUGCUCUCGCCAUCACUGGUGAGUAGUCCAACUACUUCUGGAGCUCCAUCGCCAAGCCACAACAACCACGGAACAGGUGUGGACAUGGAGUCAUUUCCACGAUCACUGAUGGAGAGACUCUUGCGGCCUGAGUCUGAUAGGAAGACUCGAAACACCGUGGGAAGCGCGCCUUCUUCUCCUAAGCAUCAAAGAUCCACAUCAAGUACUCCUGGAUCGAGCAUUGUGGUGGAAGCAGCAGUUUCAUCUGGCCUGAAAGACCCAAUUUCGGCAACGAGAAUCUCAUCUAUCAUGUCACGAAGUAUGGAAGGACCACGAAGUCUUCCUCCUCAGAGUCCGGCUCGUCCGCACUCUAACAGCAGUACGCUGGACAGAAGGAAUAGAUUUACUACACUAACGGCAGAGCAGAAGGAAGGUCUUCGCGGUGAAUUGAUGGCCGUAUGCAACGAUUGUCGCGGUCUCGUACUGGAGAUUAUCAGAUCAUCGCGACAGACACGCUCCACAGCCCGGAAUAUUGUGCUGAAGAAUUUGACUUUAGACCUCUCGCCAGUGUACAAGAGAUGGUAAAUUCCAGAGGCACUGCAGUGAGUAUUCUGCGAUAUUUUUUCAAAGAGGCUACAAAAAGAGUAUUGCAAAUUAUUUUCAUAUUCGUUUUUAUGGAAAUGAGAACAGAGAAAAAGAAUGAGCAAUGAUGUGAGGAAUUAAGCAGAAAAUGAUAUAAUGUAUUGAAAGGAAAUAUAAGCAAACAUUCCGUAUUCAACCCUUUUUCUUCGAUCUCCUAAUAGCAAAAAGUGUGAGAAUUUGGUUUGUUUUCUCGUUGAAUAAAAUCAAGUGUGGAGAACGCUUAAUUGUUAAAAAUUCUUUGAAUUAUGAGACACACCGUGUGAGAAGAGUUCUAAAUAAAUAUAGAGGCACAAUGUUUUAGAAGAGAAAAAAUACAAGUAUUUAUCCAAUGUUCUUUCCUGACAAACCUUUUUUGCAUUCUGUAAAAAAAAAUAUAAGACUAAAUGUAGAAAUUUAAUUUUAAAUAAAAAGGAAUAUAUUUAAAUUUCAUAUCGUUAUAUGAUAAAAAUGUACUAAUUAUAAUUUUCUCAAUAAAUGAAUUAUAAG